AUGCCAGGUGCCAACUGUGCUUUAGUGGGGUGCUCAACUAGUCGAAAGAGUGAUCUUUCACUAUUUAAAUUGCCUUUUGCUGGGCAAGGUGACUCCGAGGUCACAGUGAAAUUAAAGACGGAUGCGCGUAAAGAAUGGCUUCGAGUAAUUCGUAGGACAAGGGAAAUGACACCACAGCUGAAGACGAAGAUUGAAAAAAAACACUAUCUUUUUGUGUGAACACCGUUUUAAACCUGAAGUGAUAUUUCAACGUAAGUAUUGACCUCUCAAUUUUGCGCAAAUUUAUGGUAAUUAGACACUUCGUAUAUCAUUUACAUGUAUUCAAAUAUCAGUUGUUAUUAACUGUAGGAUAAACAUUGUGCAAACUGUUUAUAGUUUACUUUCAAUUCUUUUUCUGAUGCGAAAAGAAAGUCCUUAGCAACUGGUGCUGUUCCUACGGAAAACCUCCCGUUAAAAAGUCAUGAGUCGAAGCCAAAAACACGACAGCCUCUUGUGCGACAGAAUACCGUGGAAGCUUGCUCGACAUCAGAAGGUUCGCCACCUGUUGAGAUGACAAGUGCAGAUUUAAUUUCCGAUGAAAGCCUGGAAGAGUUUGCCAGUAAGAUAAAAGAAAAGAUACCAGAUCCAUGGGUCAUCACAACGUGCAACAACACAGAGAUUAGAAUAGAACUUUGGGAUUCCAGUUACUCGAUUCCAAGAUACAUUCUACAUGUUGAUUCGGGCUUGCAGUUUUCGCUACAUGUUUACAAUUGGCUGCUACCUGAUAUCCAUCCUUUAUACACUACGCACCGACGACGAAUGGACUCUGCUAGAGUUGUUGACUUUUUGGAAGCUAUCAGAGGUGAAAAAUAUCUCAUUUGCGAAGGAUUACACCAAGAUGAGCAUGUACAAUCUAUUGCUAAAGAUCCAGGUGACGCGAGCCAUACGUCCUUCAGCAAUUUUGAUGUUAUGCGGCAUUCUGUUCCAAACAGAGUCGAUAUGGAUUCAAAUUUUGGAGUUCUGGUAGUUUUUCGUUGUGUAGAUUGCCAGCUAUUACUCGGCAGACAAGUUGAUGAAGAGCAAGUGAUUUGUGAUCCAUGCAAGAAGUUACAAAAGAAUAUUUUGGUGCAACAAAAUCGAAAGAGUCGUUCUUCUAGUGCCCCUGCUAAAGCUAAAGCUCCAUUGACUGCCUGUAGCUCAGAAAAACUUAGAGCAACAGUGGUAGCUAAGCGUUUGGAGUGUAAACAAUUGGAAGAUAAAAUGAAAAAGCUGCAAGAUAAAAUAGAAAAGAGUGCUGUGAGUGUGAGUGAGCCCCUUGAAAAGGAUCUGAUGACCAUCAUGAGCGGACAGAAUCUAGAUUCCACCCCACACAUGAAGUUCUUCUGGGAACAACAAAUUCACCUCCUGAAAACCAAGAAAAUGGGCCGUAGGUAUCAUCCACAAAUGAUACGAUUUACACUAUCAAUACAUUGCAAAUCUCCUUCUGCAUAUCGGGAGCUUAGAGACAGUGUAGCUCUAAUAUUACCAAGUGAGCGUGUUCUUCGAGAUUACAAGAACUAUUUUAAACCUGGAGCUGGCAUCAUUAAAGAAAACAUUGAAGAAUUGAAAGAGCAAACUUCAAAAUUUACUGGGAUCCAAAAGUAUGUUGCAGUCAUCAUGGACGAGAUGAAAAUUCAGGAAAAUCUUGUUUUUGACAAAACCUCCGGUGAACUGAUCGGUUUCAUUGAUCUUGGGGAUCCAUUAACGACCUAUGCCAAUGUAGAUGAAGAAACCCCUAUUGCAUCCCAUGCACUGGCUUUCUUGGUUAGGGAGCUUUGCACUAAUUUGAAGCAUGUUGUUGCCUAUUAUUUUACUGGCAAUGUGACAUCAUUUCAGUUGUUUCCAUUGUUUUGGAAAGUAGUUGGAGUGCUUGAAACAACAGUAAAAUUAUGGGUAAUAGCAGCUGUUAAUGACGGUGCUUCCCCUAACCGGAAACUCUUUGCACUCCACUCAAAGCUUGGCGGCACACUACCAGAUGGUCUUGUUUACAAGACACCCAACCUCUUCUUCCUGGCUCGGAUGAUCUAUUUCUUUGCAGAUGUGCCUCAUUUGAUCAAAACUGCCAGAAACUGCCUCUAUAACUCUGGGUCAGGAUUGUGUAGUCGGUACAUGUGGAAUGAUGGUCAGUAUCUAUUGUUUCGGCACAUUGCAGACCUGUUUCACCAUGAUCAGCAGUAUGCUUUGCACCAAUUACCAAAACUUACACUGGAUCAUGUUCUGUUGACUGGCUACUCCAAGAUGAAGGUACAAACUCUGUUUUAUUUUAGUAUUAGACUAAUUUAGUGUAACUGACCAUUACUGUUCUUUAUUUUUUCUUGCAACUUUGCUCCAGUGACACAGGGCUCUAUUGAUACCAUGCAGUGUUACUACACUGAACAGGCUACCCUGUUGAAAUAAAAUUAUACCUAUCUAUCUAUCUAUCUAAUAUCCAUCUAUCUAUCAGUUGUCUCAUUCCCAGUGUUUUCAAGUGUAUGGCUUAUAUCCUCAUGUUUUUGUACCACGUUUCUCAAACAUAAGAUAUGAAGAUAUAACCGAAUGAAAACACUACUGUUGGGGCAAUGUGCAAUAUAUGAGAAGAUCUAAUGCAUGUCUGUAAAUUGUUUUUAGGGUUUUGGCUGUUAAUUUCUUUAUCUUUCUUAACAGGCUGUUGUCUGAUGAUUGCUAUUUUUGAUUAGCGAAUGCAGAUGACCUUUAACCCAUUGAGUGGUGAUGCACCCUACUUUAGUAUAUUACUCUGUCUAACGCCAGACGAUUUUACUCUGUCUAACGCCAGACGAUUUUACUCGUCAAGGGAAGAGCGCUGGAGCUUAAUGGGUUAACUGGCCUAUCUGACCAUGUGUCCAGUUAACCCAUUGAGUGGCGAUGCAUCCUGAUGCACCCUACUUUAGUAUUUUACUUUGUCUAACGCCAGACGCCAAGAGCGCAGGCGCUUAAUGGGUUAAUUAAAAAAAUUGUGCAAUAUGAUUAAUAUUAUUGUUGUUUAGGUAAAACUAGCUGUUCAAGUCCUAAGUAGAACUGUUGCUACUUGUUUGCUUGAGAGUGAAGACCCAAGUGUUGUUGGCACUGCAAUGUUCUGCCAAAUGAUCAAUGAUUUUUUUGAUUGUUCAAAUGUCAGAUCAUUGACUGAGUCUGAAAGAAAGAGGAAUGACCGGAUCAAGCCCUAUGAAAGUCCUGAUGACCAGAGGCUUGUUUGGACAAAAGAUACUUUCCUAAAGUACCUUGAAGACUGGCGAUCAAGUGUUGCCAAAAGAAGUGAUCAUCCAUACACCGCAACACAAAGGGAAAAGAUGUUCCUAUCCCGCCAGACCUAUGAAGGCUUCAAAAUAACAGGUCAUUCCCACAUCGAAGCCAUUAAGUUUCUCCUCUCUGAAGGAUUCUCAUAUGUCCUUUCAGAGCGUUUUAUGCAAGAUGUAGUUGAAGACUACUUUGGCCAUCAAAGAACAGUGCGAGGCCGGUCAGAUAAUCCUUCUGCACAGCAGUUUGGUUAUAAUGACUUAACUAUUGCUGCACAGAGAAACAUUGCUCCAUCAGUGAGUGGCAACGUGGGAGGAAGAUAUGGGAAGCAAAAGUGGUUUAGUGUUAGUGAGGAGCCAGUGAAGAAGAGGGUUAAAAAAAAAAGAAAUAAUUUAUUUCAAACAGUAACAUUUCAAAAAUAG